UUCGGAUUCGGACCAUGAACGACGACGAGCGCAGCAUGGACGCCACCGAUGCGUGGCGCGCGCAGCAGGAGCAAGCGCGCCUCGCCGAAGAAGCCGCCUACGAGCGACAGCUCGAGGCCGUCAUGGCCAUCUCGCUCGCAGAGCAGACGCAGCGCGAGCGCAUUGAGCGACAGGCGUCGAUCGACGACGUGCAGCGCCGCGAGCAUGAGGACAAGGCGCUCGACGAGUUCAAGAAGAAAGUCGACGAGAAGCGGCGCCUACGCGAAGAAGCCCAGGCGCGUCACGAGCAAAAGGUCAUGGACGCGGUGCUCAAAGCGUCGCUGGUCGAGUUCAACGAGCGCAGCCGCAUCGAGCACAUGACGGACGACGAAGAGCGCCUUCGGAGUGCGUCGCUCGAGGCGAAGCAACAGGACAUCGAGCGCGCGAAGGCCUUGGCGCAUCGCUCCAAGACGAACGCGGUGCAAAACGUCCUCGACCUCAAGAAGAAGGCGCACGAAGCCAAAGAGCAAGCGCGCCGCGCCGUCGAGGAGUACCAAAAGAAGGAAAAGGAGCGCCAGGAAAAGCUAGUGGCGUUGGCGCAGCUCGAGAAGGAGCGUGACCAACAGGCACUGCUCGAUGCGGCCAAGCAGCGCCAAGAAGCGGCGAUCGCCAAACGCCUCGAGGCCGAAACCCGCGCCCAGGAAGCUGUCGCGCGUGCGCAGGCGAUGCGCGAGAAGGCGCUGCUCGCCGCCAAGAUGGUGCGCCAGACGUCGCGCGCGACGAUCGAGAGCUCGAUCCAGCAAGAGGAAGCCAGCCGGGCUUUGGCGUACCAGCAGCAGAUGAGUGCGCUCGCCCACGAGAAGGACACGGCGAGGCGUGAGCGCCUCGAGAAGGAGCGCAUUGCGCACGAGAAGCUGCAAAAUGCCACCGAGCUGCGCGAGCGCGCGGCUGCUGCGUCGGCCGAGCUCGGUCGCCAUCACUCUAGCACGGCGUCGGCCUAGUGUAUGUCGCUGCUUAUUUUAUCUUUUAAUUUUAUUAAUAUUGCACUCUGGACACGA